AUGAGUCUAGACGAAGAUAUCGAGCUGCACAUCACCCCGAGUGCCGAUGACAUUCUCGAGGUGUCUCCCGUGAACAGUAAAGAGAGCUAUGCUCAAUCUUACCAUUCGUCGACAUCGGCAGGAGCCAGUCCUACAGCUUCCAUGCGCCAUCGACGACAUCUACCCAAUGAAGAUGCCUUUAGUUCUUCCAGUGACGGAUCCGACGAUGAGCAGGACUACGACGAUACGAGGCAACCGCCACCCAGAAGAAUUACUGGUACCGACCCUAGCAGCAAUUCCCGCAACCCCAAUAUUCUUAUCCAACAAAGCACCAGCAGCAUUUCCCACGUGGCAUCAGCCUCGCCCACUUCCCAGCAACAACAACAACAACAACAGAGACCAUUACAUGUACGAACCAACAACAACUCCAAAGGAGCCAGUCAAACGCCCCAAAAUACCCAUAAUAAUCAGCAGCAACAGCAGCCACAGUCGAAAGGUCGUAGCAGUCAAGCACAAUCCGAAUUUGACAAGGCAUUGUUGACCGGUGUGCCUUCCAGAGGCCAUGCUACUUCCUUUUUCAAUGAAUCAACUGACUAUACCGACGCCAAUGCGUCGUCUUCCGAUGGCAUUGAACACCCAUAUCAUCCACCUCAACAACAACCUAGCAUCCCAGAAGACGAUGAGGUUUCGGCUGCUGCUACCCACGCUACAGCUUACUCGAAUGCACAAUCACAUACUUCCUCCUCCAGCAUGAAAAAGCACCGAAAAACUCAUAAAGUCAGCAUCACCACAACCACACACUCAUCCGCCAAUUCGGUUGCAUCCGUGGCAUCCGCCGCAUCGUCCACCUACAAUCCACUCUCCAGUCUCAAUGCCAAUAAUAGUAGUCAAGCCAGUCAAAACAAGUUUGCCCUCCACAAUACUGGAUCGUUUGAUGGAGGAGCCAGUCUCGCAGGUCGAUCCACAACCAGCUCACAACAACAGCAGCAGCAACCACAGACACACAAAAACAACAAUGACGACCAUCUCGACUCGACAAAUAAUAAUAAUGCUCAAGACUUGAGCAGUGGAGUCUUACCGGAUGUACUCAUGACAAUGCGACAAAAGAUUGAAUCCAUGCAAUUGUUUGACAGUGACAUGAUGAAAUUGGCAUCGUCGGAUGCCAGGCAUAUGGAUGAAAUGGCAGCCGAAACCAGAGAAUCACUCAAACGGUCAUCGCAACAAUCCAUAUCGGCAGCAGUACUAGUGUCGCUGGCACACAAACGAUACGAACGACGGCGACUCGCAGCCAUGGAGAUUGAAAAAGUUGUCAGGAGUUUGGUACAACAAAAUGAGUUGGAACGAGUCCGGGCCAUUUUGCUGCUGCUGAGUGAUGACUACGUACGAUCCACCAGUGAGGAUGCCCGCAAGGGAGGUGUUGUGGCAUUGGCUGCCUGUGCCAUUGGACUCAAAAAGGCCAAUGAUGUGGCAACUGUGAUGGAAUGCCGAGACUUGAUUCUGGCAAGUGUAGUUCACGCAUGUCAAGAUCACUCCCAACGGGUCCGCUACUAUGCCACAGAAUCGCUCUUCAAUGUAGUCAAAGUGAUUCCAGGCUUGGCGGUCCAACAUUUCUUCAUUCUGUUUGAGAUCCUCAGGUCUUUGUAUGCAGAUGUAGAUGUGGAUGUGCGGAGUGGAGCCGAGUUGUUGGACAAGAAGUUGAAAGAAGUGAUUGUGGGAGCCUGUAACUCGGGAUCAUUUAGCACUGAUGCCUGUGUUCCAGUCUUUGCACGAUUUGUCUACAUGAGGAACAAGGCCACCAAACGAUUGACGUUGACAUGGUUGCAAGAACUCAAUGAAAAGCUCAUUGGGGCGCCAAUAUUGGAGUUCCUACACCUCUUCCUGGGAGGCAUCUUCGACAUGGUGGCUGAUCCCUCCUUGGCCAUUCGACAAUCUGCACUGGCGUUUCUUCAAUCCGUCUUGCCCAAGUUGUUGGUUGUCAAUUCGGAAGCUAUUGCCGACAUGGAUCAUGAAGGAAUGAAGGUAGAUUUUGACAAGAUCCUACAAUCGUUGGUCACCACCAUGGAGCACCCGGAUCCCUUUGUUCGGAAAGUUGCCAUGUACUGGAUGUCUCGAAUCGUAAAGGCGCACAUGAAAGAACUUCAUGCUCGAAGCCAGGCGACCAAAGGCAACAAAAAAUCUUCCAACAUGAUGAAUCCGGAUGGCAGGGUGAGCCCAGCCGAUAAACCUGGCAAAGAUGCUCCAAGCGGCGCCGAACAAGACAAGCCUGAUCCUGGCAAUGGCGACAGUAGCGAUCGUGAACGAAAAAGCGAAAAGGGAAAGCCACCACGAUUCAGCGCCGCUUCCAUAUCGGUGCGAAACUCAUUGCCUCACGUGCUCCCUGGUAUUCUGCUGAGUAUUGGUGACAAUUUCAACUCAAAGAGCGGUUCACACAAAGACACCUUUCUGCCAGACCAAACAACAAACGAACUUGCGGAACAGACGAACGCCUACUUGCGUGACGCAGUCAGACGUGAUGGCCAAGCUUACGUUCAGCAUCUGGACAGCUUCAUUGUUGCCCUUCGUGAGGAACUCGAUUCACCGGGAGGCAUAAGUGCUCGAAACCCACCGGCUGAAGAACGCAAGUUGUACAGAAUAGAUGUCAAUAGAGACGGCACAGGAAUUGAGAGUCCAGGGUGGUACCGAGCCAGCAAUGACACGAAAGAGAGAAAUGAGGAAUCGAUGGUUUCUUCCCGUCUUUGCGCCUUGCAUUGGAUCAUUGUACUCUACGAAAGCGUAGUUCCUGAUGCUUUGAAAGCUGAGUACGCCCGAGAAUUCAUUGUUCCCAUUAUUCAUCAGCUCGUGGAUAAUCCUCCCGAGAAGAUCGUAUUCAAGAGUCUCGAAGUGCUUGCCAAGAUUACAGUGCCUGUAUCAGGUGAAGAGAAAUCUCGGAUCGAGCAGCAGAGCCCCCGAUUUGCCAGUGGCUCUGUGUCUUUGUCGGGAUUCAAUACCCAUCUCCCGCCUUGGGCGUCUCCACGCGACUUUGCUCAUGAUGGGCAUUCGGAAGAAGAUGAAGCCGAAUUCCCAAUGACUGACGCCAAUGCCUCCUUUGCCCUGGAUAUUCUCCAUCCAUCACGAAGGAAAAGCAAGUCGCGAGACAGGGAGGUGUUCACUGCACUUAUUCAGUUGCACUGCUACAAUCAACAGCUUCUCAAUGACUUGUCGAGAGUGAUUGCCUUCAUGUGCAGGCUUCAACCACCAGAGUUUGUGUUUGUCUCUUUUGCCGUCGAACUUGACCGAUUUUUUCGUCGAUUGCAAAAGAAACACCAAUUAGGGGCGAUACGGUCGGAGGAUCGACGAGACAAUGAAACGAACAACGACAUCAGCAAGCGUCCCCUCUCGAGCGAUCUUGAAUUUGUCGCCUCUUUCGUGCAACAAAUGUCCCAUGUUUUGCUCAACGCCGAGGAAGCCAAACCACUACGGGAUACUCUACGAGAUUGUGUCGGAUUCAUGCCCUCCAACACGAACGAAACCAGAGAACAUCGCCGUGUUCGUCUUUUUUCGAUCCUGCUGCACUCUUUCUCGCAUAGCGUUGUAGCUACAGUAUCUCUCUGCCUUUGGGGCGGCGCGUACAGAACCGCAUCUAUGUUCCUGAGCCAAAUCGUCUCUCUGGACAUCAAUCUAAUGUUCCUUCUGGAACUCGACCAGAUGAUCGAGUCUCUUGAGCGGCCAUUGUUCCGCCACCUGCAUGUUCGCAUGCUUGAAGGGUCCGAAGAUCCUUUCGCUGAGGCGUCUGGUGCUAUGCUGUUCAAAGCGUUGAAGUUCCUUUCGAUGAUUGUACCCCAAAGCACCUGUUACAACGUGUUGAAAGAUCGCCUCAUCAGUAUUUCUCGGUUCAGGCAGAGCACUGCCAUGGCGAUUCCUGCUAGUGCUGUUGUCCAAGGAGCAGCGGAAUCAGCCAAGAUUGCGAGUACACGAGUGAACGAGCAAACGGAAGCCUUUGUCGCCCGGAUCCUCAACGUCCGUGCCAUUCAUUGUGAUGCCAUGUGGCAAACAAUUCGAUCAGAAAGCCUUGAAACUCAGGCGCCAACGGAGCCCGGUCCUGUCCACGAUGAAGGGGAAUCUCGCAGACAAUGGCUGGGCUACGCGUCCAAGGAAGAACAGCAAAAAGCCGAAGAAAGGUACAAGCGAGAAAAGCUCACACGACAAGAGGGCUCUGGUUUGACCAUUGAACAGCUUGGUGGCUACGAGGACCUCGGAGGAGGAGACCGUCCCGACCAGGAUGACCCGGAAGCUGAUGACAAAGAAGAGAAGCGCGAUAACCCUCUACCGCUUGGAAAGCGAGGUAAAGGCAAGCAGAGCCUGAAACUGCCCCUUCCCAAGGAGGGCGAAGAACCAACAGCUACAACUAGCGACGCCCAAGAAGAAGCUUGGAAAGCCUACUGGCAGCAAGGAUAA